AAACAGAAAGCGGGUGCAAGCUGCUCUGGGCUGGGACCGCCCGUCGGGCCCGGCGGGAGGGAUUCCGAAGAGACCGCCAAGGAGCCACGGGGCGUGGAGUUUCCGCUCGCCGGAGUCCCUGCCGCCGUCCGGGAGCCCCGCACACUUUGAAUGGGGGCAGCAGGCUGCUCCUAGCCGGGCGCCCCAGGAGGCGCGCUCCGAGAGAAGCCGCCACGGCGCCGCCUCUGCCUCGGCGCGGAACAAACGGUUAAAGAUUUGGGCAGCGCCUCGCGGGGGGAGGAGCCAGGGGCCCAAUCCGCAAUUAAAGAUGAACUUUGGGUGAACUAAUUUGUCUAAGCGAAGGAAGUUCCUGCAGAUGAAGCGCAGGAAAUACGGCUUCAUCUACAAGACGCAUCUGUUCGGGCGGCCCACGGUGCGGGUGAUGGGAGCGGACAACGUGCGGCGCAUUUUGCUCGGAGAGCACCGGCUGGUGUCCGUCCACUGGCCCGCGUCAGUGCGCACCAUCCUGGGUUCUGGGUGCCUCUCUAACCUGCACGACUCCUCGCACAAGCAGCGCAAGAAGGUGAUUAUGCAGGCCUUCAGCCGCGAGGCCCUUCAGUGCUACGUGCCAGUGAUCGCCGAGGAAGUGGGCAACUACUUGGAGCAGUGGCUGAGCUGCGGCGAGCGCGGCCUCCUGGUCUAUCCCCAGGUGAAGCGCCUUAUGUUCCGCAUCGCCAUGCGCAUCCUGCUGGGCUGCGAGUCCCGAGUGGCGAGCGGCGGGGAAGACGAGCAGCAGCUGGUAGAGGCCUUCGAGGAAAUGACCCGCAAUCUCUUCUCGUUGCCCAUAGACGUGCCCUUCAGCGGACUGUACCGGGGCCUGAAGGCGCGCGACCUCAUCCACGCGCGCAUCGAGGAGAACAUUCGCGCCAAGAUCCGCAGGCUGCGGGCGGCGGAGGCGGGCGGGGGCCGCAAAGAUGCCCUGCAGCUGUUGAUCGAGCACUCGUGGGAGAGAGGAGAGAAGCUGGACAUGCAGGCAUUAAAGCAAUCUUCAACAGAACUCCUCUUUGGAGGGCAUGAAACCACGGCCAGUGCAGCUACGUCUCUGAUCACUUACUUGGGGCUCUACCCACAUGUUCUCCAGAAAGUUCGAGAGGAGCUGAAGAAUAAGGGUUUACUUUGCAAAGGCAAUCAAGACAACAAGUUGGACGUGGAAAUUUUGGAACAGCUUAAGUACAUUGGGUGUGUUAUUAAAGAGACCCUUCGACUGAACCCCCCAGUUCCAGGAGGGUUUCGGGUUGCCCUUAAGACUUUUGAAUUAAAUGGAUACCAGAUUCCCAAAGGCUGGAAUGUAAUCUACAGUAUCUGCGAUACUCAUGAUGUCGCUGAUAUCUUCAGCAACAAGGAGGAAUUCAAUCCUGACCGCUUUCUGCUGCCUCACCCAGAGGAUGCAUCCAGGUUCAGCUUCAUUCCAUUUGGAGGAGGCCUUAGGAGCUGUGUAGGCAAAGAGUUUGCAAAAAUUCUUCUCAAAAUAUUUACAGUGGAGCUGGCCAGGCAUUGUGACUGGCAGCUUCUAAAUGGACCUCCUACAAUGAAAACGAGUCCCACUGUGUAUCCUGUGGACGAUCUCCCAGCCAGGUUCACCCGUUUCCAGGGGGAAAUCUGAUGGGCUGGAAAGCCCAGACCUCAGACUUAUUUGAAGUGUACAGAGGCAUUUUUACCUAGUGUCAUGUUGAUUUGAUUAUAUUUAAUUUCUAAAUGUAUAUUAUAAUAUUUAUGUGUCUCUUCUACAGUACUACAGUCUUUAAAUAUUAAAAUAAUGAAUUUGGAUAGUUUCCAAAUAAAAUAAAAUCUGAAGGUGCUCGUCUUGCA